UUGUGUUUUGUGUGUUGUACUUUAUUGUUAUCAAUACGGUUUAAAUAAUCAAAAUUAAGGAUCCACACACCUGCGGUUGUAAUAAAUAUUAAAUUACUAUGUGGAGUUCUAAAUGAGCAGAGACCUGAUUUAUAAAUUUUUCGUCUAUUCUGGCAUAUGAAUAAGUUCAAUGAAACAUUGAUUUUGUCAAGAGUCGAAGUUCUGAGUUAGUGUAUUCACCCAGAAGAAUAAUUACCGCAAAUAUUAUUUAAUGCAUUUAAUAAAUAUAUGUUGAUAAUAGGACCAAAUCAAGCUAUUUAUAUUUAAAAAGUUACUGAAAUCAAAAUGGAUUUAAUGCAGUAAAAAGCACACAGAAAUGAACAACUACAUGCAACGACUGGGAUGGACAGCAUGGAGGAAAAAAACUACAAUACUAGUAGCAGUGGGCUUCCUGUCAUUGAUUAUUUUCGGUUUACAAUUUUCGAACUUAGAAGAAAAAAGCCCCAGUCUCAACAAUCUCUUACAAGACGAUAAAGAUGAAGAAAUGGUAGCAGCGGCUGUGGCGAAAAGUAUCAAAAAUGUUAGAUUCAUUGAAGCCAAUAGGAACAGAAUACCAGUUACAGAAAUCGAUGCUGAAAUAGUUCAGUCUAAUAAGAACGAUGUUAGACGAGAUGCCAAGUCUGAGAAACAGUUUGAGAAGUUGCAAAUGGAACAACAGUUAGGGGUGCCGUUUGUUAAUAUUGAUCCAAAAAAUCCAUAUAUACCUAAGAAUAGACUAGUACAUUUGGAUUUGAAGGGGGCACCACCGCUUAUAGUGUAUUUAAAAAAGUUUUUUCCAUUGAUAAAGUCCAUGGGGGCAACAGGAAUAUUAUUAGAAUACGAAGACAUGUUCCCGUUUUCUGGAACACUAAAAAACAUCUCUGCCAAAAAUGCUUACUCUGUCGAAAACAUUAAAGAAAUUUUAAGUCUUGCUGAAAGUUCACAGUUGGAAGUUAUUCCUUUGAUACAGACCUUCGGCCAUGUCGAAUUUGCUUUAAAACACGCUGAGUUUGCUUAUCUUCGAGAAGUUAAUGGAAGUCCUCAAGCUUUGUGUCCGAGCAGAAAGAGUUCGUUGAACUUCAUUGCAGAAUUAGUCAAUCAAGUCAUGGCUCUGCACCCUUCAGUCAAAUAUUUACACAUAGGGUGUGACGAAGUGUUCCAAAUGGGAGAAUGCGAUCUCUGCCGACUCGAAAUUCACGAAAAUCUCUUCCUUAAACAUAUAAAGAACAUCGUGGACAUAGUUCGACUUAAUUAUCCCAAACUGAAAAUCAUCAUUUGGGACGAUAUGUUGCGGCAUAUAUCGCAGCAGUCCAUGUUCGAUGCCAAGCUCGGAGACCUCGUUGAACCAAUGGUCUGGGUUUACGCAGAAGAUAUUUAUCGGUUUGUCCAGCCCACGGUUUGGGAAAAGUAUGCGGCCGUAUUUCCAACGGCUUGGACGGCUUCCGCAUUCAAGGGAGCGUUCGGAGAAACCUUGUACGUGCCUAAUGCUCGAAGACAUCUGGAAAACAGUCUCAGAUGGUUGGACACGAUGGCUGCGCAAUCGCCAUCGUUUAAAGAAGGUCUAGCUGGUAUCGCCAUCACAGGAUGGCAAAGAUACGAUCAUUUUGCUGUGUUGUGCGAAUUGUUGCCCGCCUCUUUACCUUCGCUGGCUUUGAAUUUGUUAGCUGUGACUGCUGGUUACUUCAAUUUGUCGCUAAGAGAUAAGUUUUUAAAGGCGUUGCAUUGUCCGGAACCGAGUAUUGACAAUUCGCCGUUUAUUAUGUUGGAGUCUGAUCCAUUUUUGUGGGAGAAAGUUAGCAGGUGUACCUUCCCUGGAAGUCCAGUAUUUCGACUGACAAAUCGGUUCCACAACCUCGAACUCGAAGCCAAAGAAUUUCUAGAUGUUACCACAAAACAAAAAGGUUGGAUGACAGCCUACAAUAUCCGCCACAAUUACAGCCUAGCUCUAAGAGUCGAAGAGCUCACGAUAGAUCUUCCAAGACUAUACCAUGGGAUGAUUUCUUUGGCCAGAGCCACCGUGGACUCCAUGGACGAGAUUUUCGACAACUAUACCAUAACCGAAUGGAUUGAGCAAAAGAUAUAUCCGUAUAUACUCGAAUUUGAGAAGAUACAGAACGAUAGUGUCGUUCUCAAAAGCGUCAAUCAUUGGCCUUCGCGGCCGUUACCUAUCUCUAAAGAAAUGCAGAAGUUAGUUCUUAAUAUCGGCUUGCACUAGCCAUCAUUUUUUUAAUCAACAUUAGUUUUAG